AGUGAGGCUUGAGAAAGCAAGACGUAUUGUACAGAAGGAUAAACGAUGUUCAUUUGUAAUCCGGAGCAGUAGAUGAUAGAAGUCGACAUAUAGUAUUGGGGAAAUAAUGACUCGUGGGUCCACACCUUCGUCACCAUCGCGGCCUGCUGGGGGCCAACAGCAUCAAUACGCUGAGGCCCUUACAAGAGGGACGUCGAUGGAUCUCUCUCUAGAAUCGCUGGAUUGCUGCGCAAAUGUGUUGCAAACCCUGCAGCAGGAUGAAACGGUCCUGUCGGAAAUUGAGGCGCACGAACACGCGACCGACGUUGCUACGGAGCCUGAUGCACGGACGAAGCUACUGAAGAAAAUACGGCGACUUGUGAACCAGAUUAGUGCCAAGACGCUGCCGAACAAGAAAGCACUGGACGAAAAAGUGCGAAAGAAAGAGGAGAAAAUAAAGAAGGCGUGGCGCCGACAGACCAUGAUGAGCGAAGACGCGAAACGAAUGGAGUCCGUGGGUACUACUUCCUAUUAGGUUUAGAACUUUGUGGUCACCACAGAUCUGUUCCGAAAUACACGACUUCGCCUUGCUCUAUCGCCAUGCGCCAUCACUCUGAGUGAUUGUUUCUUCUAAUGUUUGCGGUCUGAAAUUUUACGCAUCUUCGCCGCCCUGAACAUUAGGAGCAAAGAAAGAAUGAUGAGCCUUUUCAAUCAAGCUCAACAGACCUGAAUCCGCCUGGAUUAGGUUCGAUUGUGCUGACAUUAUUUCUCCGCUGUACUGAAUCUCCUUCGAUCUCGGAUAAGUAUGCAUUUCGACAGUUUGCCUUUGCGCAGCAUUUCUUCAGGAUGACAAAGUACAUCAAAUUCACAGAUCUGUUCCGAAAAUGAACAAUGUGGAUUGAAAUGUCAUGCACCACUCUGACCUCUACCUCGGCGCGAUUUGCAUUUGUAUCGAAUUAUAUGUCGUACAGAAUGAUGACCAAACCGUUUAUUCAAGCUCAACAGACCUGAAUCUGCCUUGAUUAGGUUUGAUUAAGCUGACAAUAUUUCUCCGCUGUACUGAAUCAGUUUCGAUAUCGAUCCUAGUCUCGCAAAGUAACAUUAAGAUGGACCUUUUUCUGCGGUGGCACCAUGGAGCGCCGCAUUUUUUCAGGAUGAAAAUGUACAUCAAAUUCACAGAUCUGUUCCGAAAAUGAACAAUGUGGAUUUAAAUGUCAUGCACCACUCUGACCUCUACCUCAGCGCGAUUUGCAUCACAUAUCUCCUGUAGAAUGAUGACCAAACCGUUUAUUCAAGCUCAACAGACCUGAAUCAGCCUUGAUUAGGGUUGGUUGUGCUGACAAAAUUUCUCCGCUGUACUGAAUUUCGAUGCUUCACUUCCGCGAAAGUUUCAUAAGUGGCCCCGACGACGUUCCUCUUUGAAAUAGUCGUAUCUAUGCUAGCGAUGAAGCAUAAAAUGAGGAAAGCGUAACAUAAUUCACAGACCUGUUCCGAAAAUGAACAAUGUGGAUUAAAAUGUUUUACACCAUGCAUCACCACUCUGAUUUUGCAAACUAACAUAUGAUACACGCAAUCGCGACCAAGGGACCCAUUUCUUGUUUCAUAUCUGCAUGAUGCAAUGCAAGAAUAGGUCUCGUUCGUCUGAGAGAUGUGAUGAGACAAUUCUAUUUCUACACAUCACCCAUAGUCUGACUAUAAUUUUGCUUCUAGCGUGAGCCGGUAUCCGCAUGCCGGCAUGGAAGAACUGCGCAAGAAAUACUGUUCAUGCUGACAAAAAUUUCUCCGCUGUACUGAAUUUUGAUGCUUUACUUCCGCGAAAGUUUCAUAAGAAGCUGUGGCCCCGACCUCUUUGAAAUAGUCGUAUCUGUGCUAGCGCUGAAGCAUGAAAUGACAAUGAGGACAGCGUAACAUAAUUCACAGACCUGUUCCGAAAAUGAACAAUGUGGAUUAAAAUGUUUUACACCAUGCAUCACCACUCUGAUUUUGCAAGCUCACACAUACACGCAAUCGCGACCAUGGGAGCCAUUUCUUGUUUCAUAUCUGCAUGAUGCAAUGCAAGAAUAGGUCUCGUUCGUCUGAGAGAUGUGAUGAGACAAUUCUACACAUCACCCAUAGUCUGACUACAAUUUUGCUUCUAGCGUGAGCCGGUAUCCGCACCCCGGGUUGGAACUGCGCAAGAAAUAUUGUUCUAAGAAUAUAAAAAUUUUGCUUUCACUUUCUUGAUAUUCGCAAAACAGCACUCCGCCAGGGUCGGUUGCAGGCGAUGGCGAGCUUGUGCGACGUUAACGAUGCAGAUUUGCGGGAACUCAAUUUGGUUCCCGACGGAGCAACCUUUCACACGUUUCAGGAGCCGCUUGCUGCGCUGGCAAACGGGGCCGGUAGUUUGGAAGACACGAAGCAGGCAGUAGAGGCGGAGCCACAAACUAGCGAUCAUGGAGUUUGUAGUCCCGCGCCUCUUGGGGUCUCGCCUGGUGGCAUGGCCGAUGAGUCACUGUCUCCAAACCGCACGUCUCGGUCCGAGUCCCUGAAACGCAGUCGUCAGUCUUCAUGCGGUCGCGACGAACCUUCGGCAGCGAGCGCCGAAGUCGCGUCGGGCUCAGUCAUGCCGGCUGAGAGUUGUACCGAAGAACAUCAAGGGGAGGACCGUUUCUCCUCGUGUCAACAUCCGGACGACAAGGACAGCGCCAGCAGAGCCGCUGGCGUGCAGCUGCAGCGGCCUCGGUCCUGUUAUGUGUGUAAAAUCAAGUUCUGGUCGCUUCACCACUUCUACGACAGUUUGUGCCCACCCUGCGCCGCGUUGAACUACAGCAAGCGGUUCCAACAGCCGCUUCUCAACGACAGCUACAUCUUCCUCGUGACUGGUGGCCGCGUGAAGAUCGGUUUUCAUACGGCCCUGAAGCUUCUCAACGCAGGCGCAACUGUGCUCGUGACCUCGCGGUUCAGGAACGAUUGUCUCGAGAGGUUCGUCAAUUUUUACGGGAAGGAACAGUUUUUCCGCCAAGACCCCGAAAACAACAACAAGUCCAUUGCCGACAGGCUAGUUCUGCUCGGCGUCGACCUACGCUUCCUACCGCGGGUCGAACAGUUGUGCGACUACGUAUGAAGCAGUGAACAACUCCUCCUAUGGUCCCUCGUUCCUUUGAAGGUUGUGCAACACAUCGUAAAAGUGGACUCAAACGCAGCGAGUCCUCUUUUGCAUGCCACAAAAUGCGUAGCGUUGACUUUGCAGGUCUGCUUCUCGACAUGAACUGUGCAUUUCUGUAGUUUCGGUGGUGAAUAAAAAGCGAUGAACACGCACAACGCGCCUUGCAGCGUCAACAGUUGACCCACAGCGCGUACUCUUGCGCAAACGGAGUGUGCGCAGGAGCGAAAAAUGUCUGGAAAUACUGUAACUAAAGUCAUGACAACUUUGCAGGAGAACUGAGACUGGAUGGAGGUUGCUUUGCUAUGGCAUACUUGGUAUUGGAGAACUACGACCACCUGGAUGGCGUUAUCCACAACGCUUGUCAGACAAUAAGACGGCCCCAAGCUUACUACGAGCCCCUGCGGGAGAAGGAGCAGCUGUCUUGUGCGGACGUGGUGAGCCAAGCAAUGUUGGCGCAGGGCGCAGCAGGUGGAGAGGAUAAUAUCGAUAUAAUCCCCAGUCCACAUGUACAACCUUCUGUGCCGUUGAGCACCGACGCGCAGCAACCACCUGCUCUUCUUGUGGACGAGGAUUCGCUGUGUCCGACCCAGGGCGUGUUUUACGACUACGGGCGGGCAGCCGCGCUGAAGAACGAAUUGUUCCUGUCUCCGACCGGCAGUUCGGGGUCGACGACUUCCACGGCGGUGCCGUCGAGCACGUCUACGUCACCGGAGGCUAGGAAUGAUGGAAAUAGAAGCGCAGCUGACAGUGGUCGUGCAGGAACCACCACGUCGAGCAGCAGCUGCAAAAGUACCACGACAACCACGACCCUUGCGUCCUGCUACAUGGACACUGCUAGUACCCAACAGAAGGACCACCACGUGUCCGCCUCACGGAGCACACGACCGUCCUCCCCCUCGGAAGUGGAAGUGGAUCUGGACGCGCAGCAACAGCACGCGCACCUACAUUUAUGCGUUAAGGACGAUGCGAAGGUGAAGCUCGGGUCGAAGGACCUCCCCGGCUACACCGACGUGAACGGGCAGCUGAUCGACUACCGCGACCGCCACAGCUGGGUGUUCAAGCUCGAGGAAGUGGAGACGCCGGAGCUGGUCGAGUGCUUUUUGAUCAAUGCCAUGGCCCCGUUCGUGAUGAACGGGCGUCUGAAGCCGCUCCUGGAAAAAAGCCAAACCGGCACGCACACCCGGCGCUUCAUCGUCAACGUCUCCGCGAUGGAGGGGAAAUUCUACCGGUACAAGACGGCAAACCACCCGCACACCAACAUGGCCAAGGCCGCGCUCAACAUGAUGACGAAAACCAGUGCCAUAUCCUGAGUAAAAACGUACCCACACCAGAGUUGCCAUGCAAAUCUGCAUGCUGAAAAUGUCUCUCAUGCGGAGACCCAUGAGAAGCAGUCUCUAGUCGUGUUGUGGGAUUUGUGAUGCUAGAAUCAGCAUGAUAUGCUAGAUCUCAGAUGCUGCUGAACAAGCUAAACAGGAUUACACUGCGAGGCCAAACUUGUCAUGCGCAGCAGCAAAAGCUGACAGAUUUGUCUAGCAGAUUUCCCAGCUUGACUCUGGUGUGGGUACGUUUUUACUCAGGAUAUGCCAAUGACUACGCGAAAAAUAGCAACAUCUUCAUGAAUUCGGUGGACACCGGGUGGAUCAACGACGAGAAGCCGGUCAAGCAGGCGUUCCAGCACGCGGUCUCGUCCAAGUGGCAAACACCGAUCGACGAGAUUGACGCGGCGGCAAGAAUUCUGGACCCCGUCUUCUCGUGGAUUUACGACGUCAACGGAGUGUGUUUGGCAGACAAAGCCGAAGGAAAUAACGCUUCCAUGUCAGACAAAGAGAAAGAUGCGGGGUCCAGCGGUGGGGCAGGCGCCGCCGGACAGAAGAAGCAGCAACCACCUUUCGGUAUGUUUUUGAAGGACUACCGAGAAACUGAAUGGUGAGGAGCCAUUACAACAUCUACUUUCCUGAUCCUGACUGAUUGAGUAGUACUUUAGGAAACAAGCGAAGCGAAAAAUUGUAACAGACCUCAGUAUGAGUCAAGAACAAUCUCUGAUCAGUGACGACCUCGCGUUGUCCGCAUCCAUAAGAAGGGAUAGCGAAAUGUAUCCUCGGG